AUAUACAUUAUUAACUGAGAACUGAUGGGAACGUCAUGAAGUUAAGUGACGUUCAUAUUGGAUUGUCUCCUCCAGAAUCAUGUUCUGAAUGUUUUCUUGUCAAAGGGACAUAUCAGUAUUACCAUUACGGCUGUGAUGGUACGAAUGAUGAGGGUUGGGGAUGUGGUUAUCGCACACUGCAAACAAUGUGUUCCUGGAUAAAUAACAACUGUCAUAUUGAAUCAAAACUACGAACUCCACCAAGUUUGAUAAAAAUUCAAGAAACCUUAGUAAACAUUGGAGACAAACCUUCAUCAUUUAUUAGCUCAAGAGAAUGGAUUGGAUCUUUUGAAAUAUGCUUAUUUCUUGAUCAUUGUUACAAUAUUUCAAGUAAGAUCAUUCAUAUCCGAAGUGGAAGAGAAAUUGGAUUAAAAUUUGCAGAACUUCUCUCACAUUUUAAGAUGUUCGGUUCUCCGAUUAUGAUUGGUGGUGAUUCAGAUGCAGCAUCAAAAGCUCUUUUAGGAAUAGCUACAGAUGGAAACAAAAAAUAUUUUCUAAUCUUGGAUCCACAUUUCUCAGGCGAAGCUGAUAUUAACCAUCUUCAAUGCAAUGGCUGGGUGAUGUGGAGAGAUGAAGAAUUAUUUCUUACGGAAUCAUUUUACAACUUUUGUCUUCCUCAAUGUGGGCAAACCAAACUGAAGUGACACUUUCCUCAACUGAAUAAAAAACGUAAAGAUGCAGGUAUAAUGCUUGGAGAAAAAGGAUAGUCUCUCCAUCAAUGCAUAUCAAAUGGAUCAUCUGUUUUUUACAGUAAUCCUGGUUCUAACUCAGUACAAAUGCUUUUGAUUUGUGCUUUAAAAAACGGAGAAGAAAAUCGAGAUUCAAUCAGAAUUAUACGAGCAGGUCUUUUCACAAACGAGCAAUAUUCCAGUAAAUAAGAAACAAAUAUCUGCAUACUGUAUGGUUAAAUUUAAUUCAUUUACGUGGAGUUUCAACGUACUUGUUUGUAUAUGAAUUGUAUAUGUUUGUAAUGCUUCAAACUGUAUUGAAAUUGUAUCACUGUUCACCAAAGUGUGGGUAAAUGUUUAUAAACAUGAGCCGUGUUGUACGGGUGUUUGUAAGCGUUAUAAGCGUUAGUCGUUCACCCUACGAUCCUAAGCCUAAAAAAAGUCCAUCAGAUAUUGAGGGUUCAAGAUUAUCAGGCCAGGCGAAAGCCUGGACUACGACCAAGCCUAUUUAGCCAGCAUAAUAGUGUACCCCAGCUACAGUUGCGAAAUUUGUCGCAACCUUUUGUAGCAUUUCAUCGGUGCGACACAAAUGAUGCGCAAUAAAAAGAUUUGUAAUGUAUUAGUGCAAUAAAUUAUA